AACACACACACACACUCAUACGCACGCACACACGCACGCACGCACACAGCCCUCCUAUGUUUGUCAGACUCAAAUCCGAGGGAGAGGAGCUAGCCGCCAUUUUCUAAGCGUCUCUCCCUAAAACGAGAGAAAAAGGCUGACGACAAACUGCCAUCUGGAUUACCUUCCGCUUACUGAGAAUCGGAUUUUUUGCUAAAGGAUUGCCGUGAAAUCGCCCACAGUUGCAGUAACGCGGGGAAGAAAGGAGUGUUUCACGGCCUUGUCUUUAUAUUCGCUCGUUAGCGGCGAGGCGAGCUAGCUGGUCGAGCAAGGUGUAGAUCGUUGAUUCGCCCAUUCGCCUCAAUCCGGAACGAAACCCGAGCGGCUCCGUGAACUGGGCCUUAUCGGGGGGCGAUCCGCUCGCAUUUUCCCCGGGAUUAAUUAAUGGCAGAGUGAUCGAUUCAAGCCGAGUUUUUUGUGUUAGCACCCUUGGUUUUUUUCCACUAAAACUGCAGGGGAUUGUUGCCGAAAUUCCCUCGGAUAGUGCAACCUCGUCACGUGGCUGUCCUCAGGUGGGGCAGUAAGCGGGUGGUGUGGAGCAGGCCGCGGUGCCCGUCCCUCUGCACUGCAUGGCUGCGAUGGCGCCCGCUCUCACCGACGCCCCAGCCGAAGCUCACCACAUCCGCUUCAAACUGGCUGCCCCAUCUUCAAGUCUCUCACCGGCCAGUGCAGAGAACAACGGUAACGCCAGCAACAUCCUCAUCCAUAGCAGCGGCCCCGCUAAGUGCAAGGCCGCGUCCGAAGAUUGCCCUCUUGAUUUUUGUGGCGGCGACCAGGAACAGCAGCAGCAGCAGCCCCAAGCCGACUCUGUGGCUCAGGCCUCGGCCCUGGGAAAGCUCCAGCCGCUGGUGGCUUCUUACCUAUGCUCUGAUGUGACACCUGUCCCUUCAACUAAGGAGUCAAUCAAGCUGCAAGGAGUCCUCAUCAAACAGUCUGUGUUGAAGAGCCACAGAAUACUGCCCAGCUCUCUGCUCAACGGCGGAGGAGACUUCCUGUUGAGGAAGAGGCAGGCGAUCGAACUCUCUGGCGGCCAGCUCAAAAGCCUCAUGAGUGGCAGCACUAACGGAGGUGGCCAGCCCAUGGCACCUGUCAAUGGCUUGGCCAAGAAGCUGGCCACUAUGUCUGGCCCUGGCUGUGUGGUGGCGGUGAAUGGUGACAAGCCGUCUGCCACCACAGACUCUCAGUCCCAGAACCUGCCCUUGGACUCUGAGACCUUGACAGCUACCUUAUCAGGGCAUAUCCCGGUGAAAGGAACCCUUAAACAGAAGCAUUCCUCCGGGGUUUCUCAAAAUACAGAUGGAAAAAACCUUGAACCGCCAGUGCUCCAGUCUGCUGCACUUUCCCCCUAUACCCAUGACAACCCUAACCCCACUGAACAAGUAAAUUUGGAGGAGGCUGAUUCACACACACCUACCAGUCAUCCACAGGGUUCUGACAGGGAGAGACCAGGUAGCAGCCAGCAGGGCUCCCCGUCCUGCACACCUGCGCCACAGCCUCCCCUACCCUGUACUUCUUCCUCGGACAGCCUUGAAACUCAUGUUAAGGAGCGCACUCUUCUCAACAGCAGCCGCCAAGCUGAAAUUGAAAGCCGGCUGCGGCGCCUGCGCAAACGUCUUCAGGUUGUACAGGCCAAGCAGGUGGAGCGGCACAUCCAGCAGCAGCUCGGUGGCUUCUUGGACUUGGCUCUCAGCCGGCUUCUGGCCGGUAACCGCAAAUCGGAGACGUCCACCCCUACAGCCACAUGGAGGACUGGACGCCACUCUUCCUCAAACAACAGAGACGGCCUUGGUCGCUUCCUGAAAAGCGGCUCGAUGCCCUUGGAACUGGAGAGGCUGUAUUUGAGUGGAUCAGCCAACCUUCAUUCUGCAGAAAGCGCCUUUGACUCAGAUGUAACAGAAAGUAGCUCUGGAGGGGACUCUGACCUAGAGGAGGAGGAGCUGACCAGAGUGGACAUUGAGCAGCGACAUGUCAAAAUAUGGAAGCGGGCAGAGAGUCGCUACACCGUAGAGAGAGCCGCCAUCAUCAGCCACUGGAACUGGCUCCAGGCCCACAUCUCGGACUUGGAGUACCGCAUCCGACAGCAGACCGACAUCUACAGACAGAUUCGCGCCAGCAAGGGCUCGGUGGAGUUGGGUGGUGUUUCCCCCAGCGGAGCGCCUGGCGGUGGGACAGAAGUGAAGACAGAGCCUGUAAAUACUCAGGAUGUUGGUUCAGAACGGCUGGAGCACACAGGCGCCGCCCACAUCUCCAACACAGAGCCCGGCCCUUGGAAAGGUCAAAACGCACAGCCAGUAAACGGCGUCCUCAGCAGGAUGGCAGAGAGUGCAGACACCAAGCACCAGCAGCCGUCAGCCUACGACAGCACGUGUGUGGCCGCGCGUACACGACCGCUAGUCAGCUGUCGACGACGGCGGCUCAUUCAGCCCAACACUGUGCCCAACCUUAACGGCAAGGCCCAGAGAAGCAGCUGUGUCCAGUGUAACUGCAGGGUUAACCCCAGCUGUGUGAUGUGUGGUGGCUGGCCCACCCCCAGAGAGGACCCUCAGUUUGAGCAGCCCACCCUGGAGCGCCUGUCAAGACUGGAUCUUGGCGUCCACCCCAUCCUCUCCUUCCCUGACGACGUCUGUAUAGGCCUACGUCUGCAGCAGGUGAUGAAGAGCCAGUGGCAGACCAAGUCACUGGAGAGGAGCAAACCACUGAAGAAGCUCUCCCUCAAACACAAGCUGUCCUCGUCCAAAGAGAAGCACAAGUUCACCAACUCACUCAUGGCAGUCAGUGUUGCAGGACUGGGCCACUAUAAGAACCGUGCUGAGAAGCCGAGGACAGUGGACGCCAGCAGCAGCAGCAGCAGCAGUGCUGUUCUGAACACAGCCAGGCUCGAGGGCCAGGCCGUGUGCAAGACUGAGCGACUGCAGGGCCACUCCACCCCGUUAGGGCCCUUCGACAAGAACUACAGCCGCAAGAGAUUAAGAGAGCACUCGCUGGACAGGACUGACACCUCCCCCAAACUUUUCCUGGAAUCAAGCACCCCCUGCCCAACUCUGGCCAACAUGCACUCAUCCCUCCACAGCCCCCUCACACGCCAGCUGUCCACAUCUUCAGAGAACUCCACACCGCUGGGCCCCAGCUCCCAGAGCGUCCCGAGCACACCUCAGCAGCCCAUCAAGAGGAGGCGAGGUGAAAGCUCUUUCGACAUCAACAACAUAGUAAUCCCCAUGUCUGUGGCGGCCACCACGCGGGUGGAGAAGCUGCAGUACAAAGAGAUUCUCACACCAAGGUGGCGAACUGUGGACAUCUUCUCUCAGCCCAUCACGGAGGAGGAGAACGAACGGGAGGUGGAGGACCUGUCCGACGCAGCCUUCACUCAGCUCCAUCAGCCCCACGAGGACCAGGAGCGGUCCCGCUGGACUUGGAUGGCCCUGGCUCCUGCUAAGAGGAGGGGCAGCAGGUCGUACAAAUCUGUGGACGGGCGCACCACACCACUGCUGUGCGGGACCAACCCUCCCACCCCUCAGCCUGCGUCCCCAGACCCAGGCCACUGCCCCAUGCUCCACGACUACAGCCACGUGCCGUCACCCAUGAGUCCAGCCAGCCCCGACACCACCUCCAACCCCCACACGCCCUGCUCCAGAGACUCCCAUCGGCUGCUGUCCAGCGAGGACACGCGGUGCUCUACGCCGGACUUCACCUUUGAAGAGAGGACGGUCGCGCCGUGGGAACGUCGCAGCUUCCCCUUGCCAGAGGACCCGGCCCCGGAGCCAGAGCCAGAGAGCGACCACCACAUCAGGCCCAGAAUGCGCAGCAUCUCAGGUUGCCGAGCAACAGCCUACGGCCGGCUGGAUUCGGACGACAUGGAGCUGCCUUGUGACGACGACAGCGGCCCCAAACUCAAGGCCGCCUCCACCACCACCACCACCCACCGAUGAAUGACUGACAGGCUGAGGUCCCCCCGCCCCCGCCCCUCCCCCACCCACAGCUCCUCUCUGGCAUUAACAAGCAGAACCUCAAAGCAGAAUAAGAUAUUAAAUGGGUUCCUGUUGUUUGAUAUUCAAACAUCAGUCUAAUACUUUCACAGUUUUUAGUGAACAUUAUGGAGAUAGAAGCCUUUCCCUACACUUGUUUUUGUCACAGGAAAAAAAGGAUAAAUGUAAAAAAAAAAGUAUAAAACAACACGUUACAAAAAAUGUUUUCUGUAGUAGGCUAAACAAUGUACAUGGGGGCUUAGUGGUGUUUCAUAUGUCGCGUGUACACUUGUAGCGCACUAUGUAGCGGACUCCUCAAAAUAUGGCCAAAGGGUGUUUUCUAUUGACUAGUUUGCUUGUAAUUCCCAUGUACAUUUUUAGUGGAGUGACAAAUAACAAAACGAGAAAAAACACCCCCCCCUCCUCCCCCUCCACCCUUCAUCAUCCUCCUCCUCAUCCAAAUAAACAGGUACAUUUGAGAUGUGGUUCCCUUCUUCUCCCUCUAGAGGUCGCCUGAAAUCACCAGAGCACUUCUCCAACUGCCAAGUCUAGUUUUGUUGGUUUGCUUUUCUUUGUUUUUUCAUUCCUGACAUGUUUUAUUUGUAUCUGUUCUGUCUGUUCCUGCGUACGUAACACAUUCUUUGUGUUUUUUGAAUAGUAAAUCAUUCCUUCUGCAGAGUGUCCAGCUCCUGUCUCCGCCCCGCCGUCUCUUCUUACGCUCUCAGUUCUGGUUUUUAAGAGGGUGGUGGCAUAGAGAGGACUGGGGUGUCUUUUUUGAGCACUUGCCCUACAGAACAGCGCUGCUGCAUGCUUAAAAAACAUGCUAAUGUUAGUCUUAUCACAACAGCACACAGUAAGAUUUCCACUUAUUAAACAAAAAAGAACCAAGCGGCAGGUGAUGGGGAUGAUUGUACCAUCUGCUAGUUUCACUCUCUGCGUACAGUCGUUGCUGUAUUAGAAAAAUGUGGCAAAAUAAAGACAUAACACAAUUACAUCCCCCUUCCUCUUUCUUCUGGUUCAACUUGACAAGUUUUCUCUUGCAAACACUUCAAAUGUAGCAGCUCUCAGCUAGAAGCCACCCCGAGCUCAGGUUUUUCAAUUUAAGGGAAUAUUUUCUGCUGUUCAACAGUUCCACUCUGAUCAGAUCCAGACGACAAACUUUUGUUUUUUGCCACCCCACCAACGUCAUAACCACAACUCUUCUCGCCCCCUCAAGUAACUAAUUGCUAUGCAAAAAAAAAGACUAUGGUUGUUUUCAUUUUACACCUCCUUUUUAUGCCACAGCCAUUCAAUCACUGUUUUUUCUUUUGUAGUUUAAGCAAGAUGUCAAUGUACCUGUUCGAUUGUUGCAGCAGUUAACCUAAUCAAAAAGCAGAAUUGUUUUUUCUUUUUUGUAAAUAGUACCAUUAAAACAUUUAUGUUUAACUUGG